AAAGAAAAAAAAGAAAAUCGCAAUAGUUUUUUCUGUAUCUUCUCUGACGCUGCUUUACUUUCCCAACGACUUGUCGUCGGCCAUUGCUCCUUUCUUUAUAUUGUAAGCAGCAAUGAGCUUCACCGCUGCAACUCCAAUCCUUACGCCUUCCUAUUCCCUCUCCUCCCUCCAUUCCAAUCGCUUCAAAGCCACAAUCCUUUCUCCGAUUCCUCUCCGUCGUUCCUUUUCUUCUUCUUUCACCCGCUGCCGCCGCAACUGCUCUCUGAUUGCCACUGCCGCGACGACGACGGACGUUGAGAUCGAUAUGGAUGUCGAUAGACUCAAGGAGGGAAUCGCUGAGUUCUAUGAUGAAUCAUCGGGGCUUUGGGAGAACGUUUGGGGUGAGCAUAUGCACCAUGGUUUUUACGAUCCUGAUUCUUCCGUUUCUCUCUCUGAUCACCGUGCCGCGCAAAUCCGGAUGAUUGAGGAGACGCUCCGGUUCGCCGGUGUGGAGGCGGCGACGGCGGUGGUGGAUGUUGGGUGUGGGAUUGGGGGAAGUUCGAGGUAUUUGGCGAGGAAGUUUGGGGCGAAAUGUAGAGGUAUAACUUUGAGCCCUGUUCAAGCCAAACGCGCUCAAGCGAUUGCUGCUGAUGCUGGAUUAAGUGAUAAGGUGUGUUUUGAAGUGGCAGAUGCUCUGAACCAACCAUUCUCAGAUGGGGAAUUUGAUCUGGUAUGGUCCAUGGAGAGUGGGGAGCACAUGCCUGACAAAUCCAAGUUUGUGAGUGAACUGGUUAGAGUUGCAGCCCCAGGAGCCACCAUAAUUAUAGUGACAUGGUGCCAUAGAGACCUUGGGCCUUCUGAGGACUCCUUGCAGCCAUGGGAGCACAAACUCCUUCAGAAGAUUUGUGAUGGCUUCUAUCUCCCUGCUUGGUGCUCCACUGCUGAUUACGUCAAGUUAGUCGAGUCCCACGGUCUCCAGGAUGUAAGGACGGCAGACUGGUCUAGGAAUGUUGCUCCGUUUUGGCCCGCAGUUAUUCGGUCAGCAUUCACUUGGAAUGGCUUCUCAUCGCUCUUGCGAAGUGGGUGGAAAACAAUAAAAGGGGCAUUAGUAAUGCCAUUGAUGAUUGAAGGAUUCAAGAAAGAUCUCAUCAAAUUUGCCAUUAUUACUUGCCGCAAGCCUGAAUGAAGCUUCUUCCUCUACACCUAAUACCAAUGCAAUUCA